CUCGACCCCUCGAUCAACACUAGUCCAUACAAGCACAGCUCCGCUGCUUCAACGUCAGAUGCGUGUCAUUCGUUCACUUCUGCUGCUGCUCGGCUGCAGCAGCGCAGCAACCGCCGUCCUGCAGGACAAACUGCAGCCGCGAUCAACGCUUGACACCAUCGAGCAGGAACUGGAGGCCGAGCUCCUCGGCGUCGUCGACUGCGCGGGCUGCCAUGCCGCCCUGGGAUUGCUGAAGCUCCUCGCCGUGUUUGGCGACUCGGCCUUCUCGGACGUGCUCGCCGACCUCUGCACGCUUUCAAAGGCCGAGGAUGCCGACGUCUGUAAGGGCAUCUUGGAGCGCGAGGGCCCCAUCAUCGCGCAGAGGGUCAGGGCUCUGGAUCUCGAUUCGGACAGCUCGCAGCUGUUCUGCACCACCUUCCUCGGCGUGUGCUCCUACCCGGACAUCCGGCCGUUCCCCGUCAAGCUCUCCCAGAAGCCGGCCAACGUGGUCCGGCCGGCCGUGAGCGGCCAGACUCCGAUCAAGGUGGUGCAUUAUUCCGACAUCCACGUCGACCCUUUCUACGAGGCGGGCUCGAACUACAACUGCACGAAGCCCAUUUGCUGUCGUCCAUAUGCCGAUAGUGAUGCCCCAGGGAAGACAUCCUUCCCCGCCGGGCCCAAUGGUGAGCACACCUGCGACGCGCCCAUCUCUCUCGAGGAGAGCAUGUAUGCCGCAAUCCGGUCCGUCGCGCCGGAUGCGGCAUUCGCGCUCUUUACGGGGGACAUCGUAGACCAUGCCAUCUGGAACACCACCCAGGCACAGAACGUCUUGGACAUCAACGACGCAUAUUCUCGCAUGGCCGCCUCGGGGCUCCCGCUUGUGUUCGGCACCGCCGGCAACCACGAGUCGAACCCUACCAACGCCUAUGAGACGGCCGCGCAGGGAUCUCAGGCCCAGUGGGUGUACGACGCGCUCAACGCGAACUGGGCCAAGUGGUUCGGCUCGGGCACCGACAACGCCGUGGAGAAGAUGGGUGCCUACAACGCGGCCUACACGUCGCCCGCGGGCGGCAAGCUGAGGGUGAUCAACCUGAACACGAAUCUGUACUACAUCGACAACUUCUAUCUGUACGAAGAGCCGAUGGAGCUGGAUCCGAGCGGCCAGUGGGCCUGGCUGGUGGCGCAGCUGGACGCCGCCGAGAAGGCCGGCGACCGCGUCUACAUCAUCGGCCACAUGCCCAUGGGCGUGUCGGAUGCCUUCCGCGAGGCGUCCAACUUCUUCGACCAGAUUGUCAACCGCUACCAAGACACGAUUGCCGCCAUGUUUUUCGGCCACACGCACGCGGACCACUUCCAGCUCAGCUACAGCGACUACUCGGCCCAGUCCUUCACCAACGCCGUCGCCAUGAGCUACAUCGUGCCCUCGCUGACGCCGACGUCCGGCAUGCCGGCCUUCCGCAUCUACACGGUCGACCCGGUGACCUUCGCGGUGCUCGACGCGGAGACGUACAUCGCCGACACGAGCGACCCGUCCUUCCAGACGGCCUCGCCGGUGUGGAAGAAGUACUACUCGGCGAAGGCGGCGUACGGCCCGCUCGUGCAGCCGCCCGUGGCCGCCGACGACGCGGCCGCCGAGCUGUCGCCGGCCUUCUGGCACAACGUGACGGCCGCGCUGGCCGCCGACCAGGCCGCCUUCGACGCCUACUAUGCGCGUAAGUCGCGCGGCUGGGCCGUGUCCGCGUGCACGGGCGACUGCGUCACGAACGAGAUCUGCGCGCUCCGCGCCGCACGCAGCCAGGAUAACUGCGCCGUGCUGCAGCCCGGGCUGCACUUUGCGAAGCGGGCCGCCGAGGCUGAGGCUGUGGGCGCGAACGGGAUGAAGAGGCAUCGGGACGAGUGCGGCGUGCCCGUGGCGCGGGAGGCGUUGGCUGCGCUGGCGACGAAAGACGGGUUGGGCUUGUUGAGGCGGCGCGUGCAGGAGGGGGUGCGGGCUGGGCGGCUGUAGUUGAUGUGUGAUGUGUGAUGUGGGCAGUGAAGGGAUGCGGAAGGACGAUGGUGAGCCGCGGAAAGACUGCUGUAGCGUCCUUCUGCCUCGGCCCAGGACUGCGGUAUUCUUGGACCGCUAGUAUCUAAUGCUGUUGUUCGUAAUUCAAGUACCUAACGUUGCAUGCGGAAUCACCUAGGGUAUCUAGUACGGCAUAUUACGUCCUUGCUCCACGAAACAGGGGAAGACCCGACUCGAACAUGUAGC